AUGUACAAUGGAAAGAAACAUCAAAUUGAUGUCCAUGUACAUCUCGCUCGAGGCGGUGUGGGCGGCAGAACACAGAAUCUCCAAAAUAUUUUAAAGCUUGCCCUCGAACGCCAGCUGGAUUCCCACUUAACCAUCAUCACCGUCACAAUGGCACAGAAACGAAAGCGCGCAUUGAGAGACGGCCCUGCACCAGACCGCAACCCAACGAAACUGCAAAAGACUGCCGAAAAACAAGAAAAGGCUACAGCCAAAGCCGCGGUUGCAGCAGCCCCUCUCGAUCUCUCCCCCUUCCUUGACAACGCGAAAGGAGCCGACUUGAAGCGCGAGGUCGAUCUUUAUGCGCUGCUGGGCAGCGAGGAUCUCGAAGAACGCAUUAGCGCAGCCAAUGCAGUUCUGGCCGGUCUGCUCGGGGGAGAGGGUGUGGAGGAGCCGACUCUACAGCGACAUCUCGAGAGACGACUAUUUCGGAGUCUUGCGAGUGGUAGGAAAUGCGCACGGCUAGGCAUCAGUCUGGUCUUGACGGAAGUAAUUGGACAAUUAUAUGGAACCAAGAAUCUGGUCGCGACGAAAUACCCGGGCCUGGACUUCGACAAGGUUUUAGGCAUCUUGGUCGCGAAAACGAAACCCGACGGAGAUUUGAGUGGACAGGAAGAGAAGGAUCACUUCCUGGGUCUGCUUUUUGGGCUGGAGUGUUUCGUAGGGGCCAAAGUUCUGUUUGGAGACGACGAUAAGUGGAAUACCAUACUGCAAAUGUUCAUCGACCUGGCGACGAGGAAACCAUGGACUCGGGAGCAGUGCGGAUGGGCUAUCACGAAGGCUCUUGCUCAGAUGAGCCAAACCCAGGCUGAAUUUACGCUGCAACAACUACAAAAUGAUGGCUUAGCGUUAUCACCGGAGGGAGUUGGUGUCUGGAUUACGGCGAGGAAUCAAUUCCCCGACAUGAAAUUUCCAAGCAAACCAUGGGGUACGAGCGGAAAUCCAUUGGAGCAUCUGAAGGCACUCGGGAAGGCGUUGAAGGAAAGCUCGUCCGACGAUGCAUCGGUCAAAAACCAACAGGCGAAGCAGACUGGAAACUGGAACGCCCAGCUUCAUUUCGCUUGGACCAUUGUGUUGGCGCAGUUCGUUGCAGGUGAUAAAAACAAGGUGCACGGCAUCAAAUCAGAUUUCGGGAAUUUCUGGAAGGUGGCAGUCGAUGAGAACCUCUUCUCCGCCAGUGCUUCCAGAGAGCGGAAAUUUUGGGGGUUUCUGUUGUUCCAGAAAGUCAUAGAGGAUGCGACAUCAUACGGCGAACUUCUUCCAUCCGUAUUUAGUCACAACCUCGUCCGAUGUCUUAUCAAUCACGUCCAAGAAAAGGAUCGUUUCCUGCACCGGGCAGCAGACAAGUCCUUGAAAGUGCUCGUUCGUGCCGUAGAAACGAACCCCAACUUAUUGCCGACCAUACUGCCAUGCCUGAUCGCUGGCCACGGAACUUACAACUUUGACAGAGUGACUAAGACCAAGACGAUUGAGAAACUUCUGGGCUUAGUCGAUUGUAACAGCGCUGCAGCCGUAAUUGAAAUACUCAAGGAACCCGCACUCUCACUUGUUCCAACCGACUCUGAUCUCAUCAAAGAAGCCGACAUGCGCAGAACCAUUCUCGGUGACCACAUGCUCAACAUGAUUCGAAAGGUCAACCCUACUGACGAUACAAAAAAUGUUGACUGGGUCAAAGAGAAUGCUCUUCCGAUCCUCGCCAAAUUCGCCUACGGCCAGAAUGCCAAGUGCAAACCCUCCUUGUCCGAGAAGACUCGCACCGUCUUCAGAAGUCGCCUAAUGUCAGCACUUGGUCAUCUACUAUCUGAUCUCAGAGGCUAUACAUACCCUUGCGAUCUUCUGACAUCCUUCGCACCCGAUGCUAUUCAGAUGGAUAAGGAGCUUACAAAAACCAAGGAUCAUGCAAUCGCAACUGUCGAGAAGAUCUUAAAGAAGGUUAAGAAAGUAAGUUCCGAGAACCAGGCUCCACUACAAGCUUUGGCGCUACUCUAUUCGCUGGUUGUCUUCCAGCUGUAUAACGGCGACUCGGAAGCCGUUUCCAUCCUAGACGAGCUGAAGCUCUGCUACGAUAAGCUUAUCCGUCAUAAGGAGACCGAGGACUCUGAUGUUGAUGCAUCCGAAGUCUUGAUUGAAUUGCUGCUAUCUUUCAUAUCUAAGCCAUCCGCUCUUCUGCGGAAAGUCACACAGCAUGUCUUCGGUGCAUUUAUAGGAGACAUGACAGCAGGUGGAUUGAAAUUGAUGACAGAUGUCCUAGAAUCUGGCGAGAGUCUGAGAGGACAACAAGAGCUCUUCGACCAAGAGCCGGAAGAUGGAGAUGAUAUGGACAUCGACGCUGACGAAGAUGAUUCUGACGUUGAAGUGAUUGACAUGGAAGCCGACGAAGGUCACUUAAACGGACACCUGGACGAGGAUGCCGACAGCUCGGAAGGCGAUGAUCACGAUGAAGAAAUAUCCGAUGACGACGAGGAAGAUGAAGAAUCAAAGAAGCUCAACAUAGCUUUGGCACAGGCUCUGGGAACCCAUGCCAUUGGAGAAGGCGCUGACGAUGAUGAGGAUAGCGACGCUGAUAUGACUGACUCGGAAAUGAUGGCCCUUGACGCAAAAAUUGUGGAGAUCUUCACUGCGCGCAAGAAAACACCUAACAAGAAACAAGAGCAGAAAGAUGCGAAGGAGACAAUGGUCAAUUUCAAGAUUCGCGUUCUCGAUCUCCUGGAUAUCUACGCCAAGAAACAAUCGUCGAGUCCUCUUGCAUUUGGAAUGCUGCUUCCCCUAUUGCACCUAAUGAGGACGACAAAGACGAAGCAGUUGGCUGAAAAGGCUUACAAUAUCGUCUUGGUGUUAGCGAAGGGCGCAAAGAAGGAGGGGGCUUGCGAUAUCAAUGUUAAGGAGCUGAUCGAGUUGCUCAAGACUGUUCAUGGAGAAGCGGCGAAAGAUCCGUCGCAUUUGUACGCUAGAGCGGCCAGCAGUGCGAGUCUACUAAUUGCGUCGAGUUUGUAUCGGGCGGAUAAAGGGACCGUGAAGAAAGUUGCGACGGUGUAUCGCGACUCGCAGGUUGCUUGGGUAACGGGGGACGUGAAGAUGCAGGCGAGCUUCUUCGUGGAUUGGGUGAAUUGGUGUCAGAGUCAUGCCAGCACGUAG